AUGGAAAGUGGAAUGGUCCUGGUGGUUCUCCUCCUCGGUCUUCUCCUCGCCGUUGCUAGAUCGAGUUCGUCGCCUGAGCCGGUGGCCUGCGCACAUGGCACGUCCAACUGCACCGUGACCAAUGCGUACGGCUCCUUCCCGGACCGCACCAUCUGCCGUGCGGCCAACGCCACCUUCCCAAGCACAGAGCAGGAGCUCGUCGCAGCUGUGGCAGCCGCUGCCGCGGCCAAGGGUAAGGUCAAGGCGGCCACCAAGCACUCCCACAGCUUCCCCAAGCUAGCCUGCCCUGGCGGCAGCGACGGCACGAUCAUCAGCACGGCGCGCCUCAACCGGACGGUGAGCGUCGACACCUCCAGCGGCUUGAUGACGGUGGAGAGCGGCAUGCUGCUCAAGGAUCUGAUCCAGGACGCUGCCGCGGCCGGGCUAGCGCUGCCUCACUCCCCCUACUGGACCGGCCUGACCAUCGGUGGACUCCUGGCGACGGGUGCCCACGGUAGCUCAUUGUGGGGCAAGGGAAGCGCCGUGCACGAGUACGUGGUAGGAAUGAGGAUCGUCACGCCGGCGCCGGCUAGCCAGGGUUUCGCCGUUGUGAGGGAGCUCGGCAUUGGCGACCCCGACCUCGACGCCGUGUCAAGGUGUCCCUCGGUGUUCUUGGCGUCGUAUCCCAGGUACGUACUAGCAAGUGUACCUGUUACACUGAAGUUGCAGCCGAUGUUCAAGCGAUCGGUGACGCUCGAGAAGCGCGACGACAGUGAUUUCGCGGUGCAGGCGGCAGUGUGGGGUGAUCUGCACGAGUUCGGCGACAUGACGUGGCUGCCGUGGCUGCGAAAGGUCAUCUACCGCUCGGACGACCGUGUCACUGCCUCUACACCGGGCAACAGCCACUGGCGGAGCUUAGUUAGGGCAAAACUGGGCCAUGGCCCGCCCAGCCCUGGAGUGAAUUUCUUUCCUAUAGCUAUGUCGCAUGUGUAA